UUCGCUGCGACCCGAGCACCGUUCGUGCCGCGAAGCUCCUCGCCCCGGGGGAACGAACGACCGCGAAAGUCGUCGGCAGCUUCGCUUCUUCACCUUGUCCGAGAGCGCGGCGCGGACCGCGCGGCGAUUGGGAAAUCUGUGGCCGAGCAGGUGAAGAUGGACGUGCCGGCCUUCGCCCCCUUCCCGGCUCGUGUCGCGGGUCUCCCGCCCCUGCCUCGCAGCCUCAGCGCCCUGCUGCACUCGAGCCGCGAGAGCUGGCGGGACGCGGGUCGCCUCUACGCCGCACGCAGCCGACUGCACGCGGAGCUCCAGGCCACGGGGUCCGGCCACACCGACAUGGCCGGCUCCUCUUCAUCCUCCUACUCCUCGUCAUCCGCCGCCUCCUCCGCCUGCUACUCGGCGCGUGUCGCCCGACCGCACGGUCUGGGUGCUGCGUUGGCGCUCCUCCGUCGGGAGAUGGUGGGCCUGCGACAGAUGGACCUGUGGCUGCUCUGCCAGCUGUGGACCCUGCAGGAGGCCCUGCUGGACGUGAGGCCUUGCUCAGGCCUGGGGCCCCGGUCCCCUCCGCUUGCUGCCGUGGACAACGGCGGCGGCGGCAGCGGUGGAGGCCUCCGAGCUCAAGGGGAUGUGUUCAAUCCCUGGAUGGGGCCAAGUGGCGGAGAGGCAGAGGAGCGACAGAAAGGCACGAGCAGUGAGCCCCAGCAAGGGCGGUCGCUCUUCAUCAGCAUCUGAAGAGGUGACCCCCCCCCUUCACCUCUUCAUCUCUUCAACAGCAUCUGGCUAGGCUAUAUUAUUAUUAUCUGAAGCAAGGGCAGUCGCUCUUCAUCAACAUCUGAAGAGAUGACCCCCCCUCCACCUCUUCAUCAUCAUCUGAAGAGAUGACCCCCCCUCCACCUGUUUCACCAGCAUCUGAAGAGAUGACCCCCCCCCCCUCCACCUCUUCAUCAUCAUCUGAAGAGAUGACCUCCCAUACUCCAUGGGAGCCGUGACAAGUGUCGACCUUUGUAAGAGUUGACCUCAUGCGAGGCAGCGUUACACAAGUCGGCGUUACACGGGUCGACCUCACCGGAGUCAACCUCUUACAAUCCACCUCACGCUCGUCGACCUUACAUGCAGAGUACAGGUGCGUCGACCUCAGUCAACCUGACCAAGAGCCGGCGUUACUCGGAAUCAUCAGCAUCAUCAGCAUCAUCCGUCCUAGCGAUGGAUCACUCUCGUGGGAGUCCACCUGCCGAGUCAUCCAUCGUCAACCGCUUUGCGGGCCCCAUGAGAUGAUGGAGCUGCCCAGCUGUUUGGCCCACGGAUCGUAGACUGCUGACCACCCCGUGUGUUAAAUCUCUUCUGUGUGUGUGUGACGGAUCUGUGUGUGUGUGUGACGGAUCUGUGUGUUUGUGUGAUGGAUCUGUGUGUGUGUGUGUGACGGAUCUGUGUGUGUGUGACGGUUCUGUGUGUUUGUGACAGACCUGUGUGUGUGUGAUGGAUCUGUGUGUGUGUGACAUAUCACUGUGUGUGUGACGGAUCUUGUGUGUGUUUGUGAUGGAUCUGUGUGUGUGUGACGGAUCUGUGUGUGUGUUUGUGACGGAUCUGUGUGUGUGUGACGGCUCUGUGUGUGUGUGACGGCUCUGUGUUUUUGUGUGAUGGAUCUGUGUGUGUGUGUGAUGGAUAUGUGUGUGUGUGUGACGAAUAUGUGUGUUUGUGUGAUGGAUCUGUGUGUGUGUGUGACGGAUCUGUGUGUGUGACGGCUCUGUGUGUGUGUGACAGACAUGUGUGUGUGUGUGUGACGAAUCUG